CAGCAUCCCAGCAUCGAGAAUGCAGAGAAGUUUGACACGGAGAAAGUCAGCCGCCGCCAUUCAUUAACCACCUGUGCACUACUUUGUAGCGAUGGAGGACUCGAUUGAAAAACUGCCCGAACCAAAAGAGACCACAUACCAGCAUCCUGUGAAGCUUGACGAAGCUCUCUUAAUGACCCGAUUCGGCCUAUACAAUGUGUGUCUGAUAGCGAUUUCAGGCAUUAUUCUGGCAGGAGUGCUACUAGAAACGUUAGGAAUAAGCUAUGUGCUGCCGGUAGCAGAGUGUGAUUUGUUCCUGACGACCAAGGAAAAGGGGGUACUAAGUGCAAUUUCGUUUGCUGGCAUCAUUAGUAGUUCCCAUCUUUGGGGCUUUCUCGCUGACACCCAAGGCAGACGAACCGUCAUAGUGCCAACACUUUUCCUUGCCUUUACCUCCACCGUGCUGUCCAGCUUUACGACCAACUUCUGGAUCAUCACGGUUACGCGAUUCUUGACGGGAUUUUUUAUUUCUGGAUCAUCGGCCACAAUCUACGCCUACUUGGGAGAGUUCCACGCAAAACGUAACAGCUCCCGGGCGAUAAUGGGUGCAUCUUUUGUGUUCGGAGUUGGCUGCAUAUUGCUGCCAUUGAUCGCCUGGCUGGUCAUCAACCAGGAAUGGGAGUAUACGAUUCCGCUGCUAAACAUCGUCUACAAACCGUGGCGCCUGUUUCUCGUCGUCUGCGGGCUACCCAGCCUAGUCAGUGCCCUAGCUCUGCUCUACUUCCCCGAGAGCCCGAAAUUUCUGUUCUCGCACGGCCACGAGCAAGAAACGAUCGCCAUUGUCCACCACAUGUACCGCUGGAACACCAGGGGAAAGGCUUCGAAACUGAUGAUCAACUCGCUGUUGCAGGAGACGGAAGCGGAACAAACGAAACAAAGGCGUGAGGAGGCCGCCAACACUAAGAGCGUAUUCAAGCUGUUGAAGCAGAUGUGGCAUCAGACGGCGCCUUUGUUCAUGGGAUCGUACCUAAAGCGCACGGUGAUCAUUUGUGUUCUGCAAUUCGGCAUUUAUCUGACCUCGAACGGUAUGUACAUGUUUUUCCCGGACAUACUGAACCGGAUUGCCGAGCAGGAGGAUGCCGGCGUGGAACGAAUAACUGUCUGUCGGGCGGUCUAUGCAACCCGCGUGGACAUCAGUCAGGUAGCACAGCAGCCAAACGCCACGGCGGGACUUGGUGCUGAGGGUGCUGUCUGUCACCAAAAGCUGGACAUCUCCGCCUACGAGCACUCAUUUGUGCUGGAAACGAUUUACGCCGUCGGUUUCGCCGUUAUAGGCCUUAUCGUGAAUGCUGUCGGAAGACUGCCUAUUCUGGUGUUUGUAUUUGGCGUAUGCGGAAUUAGUGGCAUUUUGAUCGUCUACAUCGAUUUGCCCCUGUUGGCCAUCUGGUUCUACCUGAUAUUACUAACCUGCGGGUUUUGUAUCAGCGUCGUCAAUGCUUGUACGGUGGAUUUAUUUCCAACGAACUUGCGCGCUAUGGCGGUUUGCAUUUCUCUUAUGUUUGGAAGGCUCGGUAGCGUCGUCGGAGCUAAUAUUGUGGGUGUUCUGUUGGAUUCCCACUGCGAGCUAACGUUCUGGAUUUCCGGAGUAUCGCUCAUCGCCUGCGCCGUCCUAUCGUUCUUCAUACCGAACAUCUACAGCCGGAACGUGUCGGAAGGAAGGAUCAGCGUAUCGUCACGAUGAUCGCACUGCUAGCAACCGAAUAAACUUAGGCGAUACGGUAAACCCUAGAGACUGAAUCAUAAGAAUAGUAAUAGUUGCAGCAUGUAUGUUACUAGCAAGGUCUUUAAAGUGAUAAAUAAACG